AUGGAGGAUUUGUUGCACAAAGCAGUUCAGGUGGAAAAGCAAUUGAAGUCCAAAACCUCCUCCAAAUUCUCAUCAUCCUCAAGCACUUCUUGGAAGUCAAAUUGGAAGAAUAAUAAAGUCAUUUCCCAUCCUAAAGAAAAUGUGAAGGCCAAGUCUACUAUGGCAUCCUCUAAAGGUAAAUCUGAAACUAAUUCUUCUUCACGAUCACGUGAUAUAAAAUGUUUCAGAUGCCAAGGAAUUGGGCAUAUUGCUUCUGAGUGUCCAAACAAAAGAUCAAUGAUUUUGCUGGAUAAUGGAGACAUAGAGAGCGUGAGCUCAAGUGAUGAUGAAAUGCCUCUGUUAGAAGAUUGUAGUGAUGUUGAAGUGGCUGAACCCGUGCAUGGAAAUUUGCUUGUUACUAGGCGUGCUCUUAGCAUACAGCCUAAGGAAGAUGAAGAUGCGGAGCAACGUGAUAAAAUUUUCCAUACUAGGUGCCUCAUUAAUGAAAAGGUAUGUAGCAUGGUUAUUGACAGUGGAAGUUGUACUAAUGUUGCUAGCACCUUGAUGGUCGAGAAACUGAACUUGCCAACCAAAAAGCAUCCUAAUCCAUAUAGACUUCAGUGGCUCAAUGAUUGUGGAGACAUAAGGGUGACUAAGCAGGUUUUGGUAUCAUUUUCCAUUGGAAAAUACAAAGAUGAGGUUCUUUGUGAUGUUGUGCCUAUGCAUGUGGGCCACUUGCUUCUUGGGCGGCCAUGUCAAUCUGAUAGAAAUGUUGAUCAUAAUGGGUACAAAAAUACCUAUGCCUUUACCACGAACAAUUGCACCAUUGUGUUGACACCUCUCAAACCUGCUGAAGCAUAUGCUGAUCAAAUUAGAAUCGCAAAAGAGUUCUACUUUGAUGACAUUUUAAUUUACAGCAAAUCCCUAGAUGAACAUGUUGAACAUUUACAUGUUGUGUUUGGUGUUUUAAAAGAGAACAAGUUGUAUGCCAACCUUCAAAAGUGUUCUUUUGGCAUGGAAUCUGUUGUAUUUUUGGGUUUUGUUGUAAGUUCUAAAGGAGUUUCUGUUGAUGAAGAGAAGGUCAAGAAUGUGACUUUCAAGUGGGAUGAUGUGCAUGAAUAUGCUUUUAAUUCUUUGAAAGAUAAGCUGACCGAUGCACCUUUGCUUUGUUUGCCUAAUUUUGAUAAAGCUUUUGAAAUUGAAUGUGAUGCUUCUGGUGUUGGAAUAGGUGUUGUUUUGAUGCAGGAUUCCAAACCGAUUGCAUAUUUCAGUGAGAAGCUUAGUGGAGCAGCGUUGAAUUAUCCUGUAAGGCCCAAGUUUUAA